GUUUCAUCGUCCAGUCUUCAAACAAUAUUCAAUAUUACAGUGACACAACGCAUUUUUAAAUUCAAAUAUCAUAAAAAGAUACCGCAACAAGUAAAACCAAAUAAAAUAAGAUAAGUAUAUUUGCAUCUAUUUUUCUGCAUUUGUAUAUCCAAUAAAAUAAUUAGAAUUAUGGGUACCGAAAAAACAUAUCAAUCGUAUAUUAAUACCGAAUCCAGUGACGAAAUUGUUAUUUCUGGUAUCGCUGGUAGAUUCCCAAGCUCAGACAAUAUGAGACAAUUACAAGAAAAUUUAUUCAACAAAAUUAAUCUUGUUAAAACAAAUCGCCUUCGAUGGAAUAUAGAGCAUUUGGACAUACCAAUUCGCAUGGGGAUAAUUAAUAAUGUGGAGAAGUUUGAUGCCAAUUUUUUUGAUAUAUCUUUCAAGCAAGUAAAUGUAUUAGAUCCUAUGACAAGAAUGUUAUUGGAACAUACUUACGAAGCAAUUAUCGAUGCAGGAAUCAAUCCAAAAGAAUUACGAGGAAAAAAUACUGCUGUGGUCGUAGGAACAUCUAUAAUCGAAUCACAAGAAAAAUUUUUAUACGAGAAUUUGCCGAUAAGUGACGGAAAUAUCAUAGGCUGUGCUAAAUCUACAUUAGCAAAUCUAUUAUCACAUUUAUUCGAUCUUAGAGGUCCGUCGCAAACGAUCGAUACUGGUUGUAGCACUAGUCUUUAUGCCAUGGCUGUUGCUAAAGAUUAUAUUACAUCGGGUCAAUGUAAUGACGCAAUUGUUGCAAGUGCACAUAUAUCUCUACAUCCAACUGUAAAUUUCCAAUUUUUUCACUUUGGUAUUUUAGCACGUGAUGGUUACUGUAGACCUUUUGAUAAUGCUGCAAGCGGUUAUACGCGUGCCGAAAUAGUGUCCGUGGUAUACCUUCAAAAAGCUAAAAAUGCAAAACGAAUUUAUGCUAUAUGCAAGCAUGCUAAACUAAAUAAUGACGGUUACAAAAAAGAAGGAAUAACGUAUCCAUCGACGCACAUGCAAAGCACUUUAUUAACGGAGUUUUACAAUGAGUGCAAAGUACCACCACCCUACUUGGAUUACAUUGAAGCACAUGGUACUGCUACUACAGCUGGCGAUGCUCAAGAGAUCAAUGCUAUUCAUAACGUUCUGUGUCAAAAUAGAAAAACACCAUUGAUGGUGGGCUCUGUAAAAUCCAACCUUGGUCACUCUGAACCCGCCAGCGGUUUGGCACAAAUCGCUAAAGUGAUAAUAGCAUUUGAAACCGGUUUUGUACCACCAAACAUUAAUUUUACAUCACCGCGGAACGAUAUAGACGCUUUGAAGGAUGGAACUAUCCGUGUUGUCACAGAAGCAUUGCCGCUUAAAAAUGGUUAUAUAGCCAUAAAUAAUUUCGGAUUCGGUGGAGCCAAUGCUCACACCUUAUUACAAUGGAAUGCCAAAAAAAAGAUUAAUAAUAGAGCACCUAAUAAUGAUUUGCCAAGACUUGUGGUAUUGUCUGGACGCACUGAAGAAUCAGUGAAAUUGUUUCUAAAUGAUAUUGCUAAUCAUCCAAUAGAUGUAGAAUAUAUUCGUUUACUACACGACAUUCACACAGACGACAUAGAUGAUCAUUCAUGGAGAGGAUACAUUAUACUGGAUGCACAAAAAAAUUCCAUAAAAAAAGUUCAAAAUUGUAAAAAUAUAAAAAGACCUAUUUGCUUUGUAUUCUCUGCCUUAGAAUCGAAAUUGCCAGAAAUGGGUAAAGAGCUAUUAAAAUUUCACGCAUUUGCGAAUGCCGUAAAAAUGUGCGAUGCUAUUUUAAAACCGUAUGAUAUAAGUAUUACGAACAUUUUGACGAAGAUUGAUAAAAGAUUAAACGAAAGCGCUUUACACAACUUUGUUGGUAUCAUCGCCUUCCAGAUUGGUUUAGUAGAUCUCCUAACAUGCUUAAAUAUUAUUCCGGAUUAUAUAAUUGGGCAUUUUGCUGGUGAACUCGCUUGUGCUUAUGCGGAUGGGUGUCUAACUAUGGAACAAACAAUUCUAUCAGCGUACUUUAUUGGAAUAGCAUGUACUAAAGGCAAAUCUGUUCAUAGUUCUAUGAUAACUGUUAAUCUUGAUUACAAUGCUCUUAAAAGCACAUGUCCGACGGAUAUAGAAAUAAUAUGCCGUAACAGUCGAAACAGUAAUAUUGUAAAUGGCCCCGUAAAAUCCAUAGAAAAAUUUAUACAAAAAUUACAGGAUAAUAAUAUUGACGUGAAAGAAAUCUCUUGUAAUAACAUAUCGUACCAUAGUCGUUACCUCGCAUUUGUGAAAACGCAACUAUUAUUUCAUUUAAACCAAAUAAUACCACAACCAAAAGAACGGAGUUCAAAAUGGAUCAGCACUUCUGUACCUCGCUAUAAAUGGUCUAAUGUAGCGUCAAAAUUAUGCUCAGCAAGCUACCAUACCAGUAGUAUAUUAAAUACUGUUCUUUUUGAACAAACAACGCAUAUGAUCCCAGAUAACGCCGUGAUUAUCGAAAUUUCACCAGUUAGCAUUUUGCAGGACAUUUUGAAAGAAUCGGUACAUGCAAAAUACAUAACGAAUAUUGUAUUGACUAAGCAAAAUGAACCAAAUGCUAUAAAUUUAGUACUGCGAGGGAUUGGAGAACUCUACAACUGUGGCUUCCAACCGCGGAUCGCCAAUUUGUAUCCGCCGGUGAAUUUUCCGGUUAGCCGAGGCACUCCUAUGAUCUCCCCAUCUAUAAGAUGGAAUCAUUCUGAAGAUUGGUUUGUAUAUAAAUAUCAAACACAUAAGCACAUCAAAUCCAGAGAAAGACAAGUAGAAAUAAUGACGGACGACAAAGAUUAUAAUUAUAUGACCGGUCACGUCAUUGACGGAAAAAAUUUGCUACCUGUGACAGGUUAUCUAAUGCUUGUUUGGGAAACCAUUGGAAUGACGAAGAACAAAAUACACACAUCAAUUCCAAUAGUAUUUCGAGAUAUAGAAUUUAUUCGGACUACUCAUUUUUCAAAAGAUGGCCCGGUGAAUUUGACAAUUGUGAUACAGAAAGAAAGCGGCAAAUUUGAAAUCACUGAAGGAGAUAGCACUGUUGUAACAGGUGUAGUGCACGCUACAUCAAAUGCUGAACAAGAAAUGGUGCCGAUUAAUCUGUUAUCGAUGGAUAUUGACGAGGAAGAAUGUAUGAAUUCUCGAGACAUUUAUAAGAAAUUAAGACUAUGCGGUUAUCAAUACAGCGAUGCAUUCUGUGGUUUGAAUAGCGCAUCAGUCUCAGGCAGCAAAGGGCAUAUCACUUGGACAGGUAAUUGGGUAACAUUCAUGGACAAUAUGCUGCAGAUGUAUAUAAUUGGAAAAGAUACCAGAAACUUAUAUAUUCCAACGAGUAUUGAAAAAUUGGUAAUUAAUCCUGCACUUCACGCAUCAACGUUGCGGGACGUGACAUCCGAAAAAAAUAAACAAAUACCAAUACGUAUAUAUAAAGAAAUAGACGUAAUUAAAUCUGGUGGAAUAGAGAUACGCGGCUUGAAAGUUACCUCGAUUUCUCGCCGAAAACCAAUUGGAAAUCCCGUUAUCGAAGAGUAUAAAUUUAUACCUCACCAAGAUCGCGCUGAUAUUUCGUUAAAUGAAACAAUUCGAAUAUCGACGCAGCUCGCGUUAGAGGAUCAUCAGAUCAGUAAAGCAACAAUCAUUGAACUAGUGGAAGAUGCAGAUAAUGUAAUGUUAGAAGAUCUAUCAUCGACGUUACUGAUUAAAGCUUUUGCUGAUAUUCCUUUAAUAAAAGCAAAUAUUGCUAUACUAACAUCGCCGAAUCGUUUCAAUCCAGCAGAGCUGUCUUCAAAUGUUUCGGUCGUAGAUUUAAACAAACCAUUUAUUGGCGACAAAGCUUUGAUAGCUACAGGAUUCAAUCUUUUGACGAAACAUCAGAAUUCAUUAGAAAAACUUUUGCCUCUUUUGAGGGAAGGCGGUUAUCUCUUAACACGCGAAAAAUGCAAUAUAAAUAACUACGACAAAUAUUUGCGUAAAUAUGCAUUAAGUGUUAUUCUGGAAAAACGUAUGAAUAAAGAAGUAAUUACACUUUUAAAGAAAAAAGUUACGAUAAAAAAUACAAUUGUUGUCUAUAUAAAUAAUAAUAAUUUUAAUUGGCUCGAAGACUUAAAGCAGCUUGUAGACGACGAGAAUAAACAUGAUGACAAUAGCAGAAUCGUAAUUGUUGGAGAGGGAGACUUUGAAUGCGGCAUAUUGGGUUUUAUUAACUGUUUGAGAGAAGAGCUAGGUGGACAACUGAUUAGAGGUGUGCUUAUUCAAGACAAGAAUGCUCCAAAAUUUUCUCUACAGGAUCCGUUCUAUAUGCAACAAUUAGAAAAAGAUAUGAGUGUUAAUGUUUUGCGACCUAAUAAAACUUGGGGAUCUUAUCGACAUUUGCGAAUACCGCAUCCAGAAGUCGAAUCCGUACCUACUGCUUACGUAUGCCAAAUGGUUUGUGGUGAUUUAGAUUCUUUUCGUUGGAUGGAAAAUAUAUCAGUUGAUUCUCAUCGCAAAGAUAUAGUACGUGUAGUCUAUUCGUCCAUCAACUUUAGAGACGUAAUGCUAGCAACUGGCAAAUUAACUUCUGAUUUCACAAAAUCGGGACAACUUCAGGACAUGAGUCUUGGACUGGAAUAUGUAGGAUACGAUGCCAAUGGACAGCGAGUAAUGGGAAUUUCUCAUAAUAAGUAUGUAAUAUAUAAUAUACAUAUACAGGGUGUUUCAGAUCAAACGCUGGUUCUUGAAGAAGUGGAUAGAUUUCGAUAACGUGAGUAAAAAAUGUCCGUACAAGAAAAUUGUGGGGUCAAUAGUUUUUGAAUAAAAUGCAUUUGAAGUUAACCAAUUACGGGGUUCGCAUUUCGCGCCAUCAGGAGCGGCGCGGCAUGAAUCAUUCUUGUUUGCAAUACAUUCUGCCACAUCAAUUAUAUAUCGUUUAGAAAUUAUUAUUAACACUAUCAUAUUAGUAAACAUAAAAAUAAAACUCAAUUGUUUUAAACAAUCGCUUGUGUAUCCACUCUUAAAAAAGGCAUGAGAAGUCGAUAGUCGAAUAUAUCGAAAUCUCGAAAGUAUCAAAGUGUAUUGUUGCAGUUUUAUCGCGACGCUGAUUGGUUAUCUCAAUGUUGUCAUGUGCAAAAAUA